AUGGCCAUGGCGCAGGUCGUUGUGCCUCCUGUAGUACAUACCUCUAAGAUCAGGCCUAUCAUCAGCAAUCAACUUCGCCAUGCUAGCACAAGACCACGCACAACCUUUGAUCCUGAGAAGCAUUUGGUGUAUCGCGAAGACCCCAAGGUGUUGAUGUUGAAAGACAUCGGGCUUUCCGAGAGUGUGGGCAUCUCGCCAGUUGCCAUUUCCGAGCCUUUUCCUCUCUUCAGCGAAGAAGCCAUAAGCCAUAUGAGGGACGAGAGUUUCACAAAUGAAGUCUGGGACAACUGUCUGUACAGCACCGAUUUCGCCGGGUGCCAGCUCAGGGGCCACUGUCCGAAGUAUGCCCCGUUCAUGUACGAUGCCUGGAAAAAUCCCAAGACACUGUCCAUUGUGUCCAAAAUUGCUGGCAUUGACUUGGUGCCCGCCAUUGAUAUCGAGGUCGGAAACAUCAACGUCUCUGUCCAGGAUCCUCUGAAAGGCUUCCAGAAGCAAGAGAAUCAAUCCGACGACGACAUCCCAGUCACAAAAUGGCAUGUGGACAGUUACCCGUUCGUGUGUGUCGUCAUGAUGAGCGACGCUUCCCACAUGGUCGGGGGAGAAACGGCCAUCAAGACCGGUGCUGGAGAGAUCAUCAAAGUUCGCGGACCACAGAUGGGCAGUGGCGUGGUCCUCCAAGGCAGGCACAUCACUCACCAGGCAUUGGGCGCACUGGGAGGAUCUGAGCGCAUCACCAUGGUGACGGCCUUUCGUCCCAGGGACGCCCUCAUUCCAGACUCCUCGGUUCUCACCACCAUCAGACCAAUCACAAAUUUGUCAGACCUUUACUUCCAGUGGACUGAAUACCGGGUCGAGGUCCUGCAAGAACGCCUACGCUUGAUGCUGGAAGUCCUAAGGGAGCAGCAUCGUGCCGAUGAACAGACAGAUGCUGCCAAGAUCAAGGAGUUUCUCCAGCAGCAGGUGGACUGGCUUUCCAUCACAGACAGAGAAAUUGUCCUAUAG